AUGACAGAGGGACUUCAAAGCUUAUUGCAGACAACAUAUCGAUUGCUUUGCUUCUCAACAUCAACCUUUGGAUCCUUGUGGAAUUGGGGACCCGUAGUUCAAUUAUUGAGCUAUCCAGACACAUACAGUCGUUACUUUGCCGUAUUGUGUUUGAGCAAAGUGUAUGGACUUGGAGAUAUCCAAACAAAAAAAUUGCUUGGAUCCCUGGUUGGAGGUGAAGAGCAUCUUGACAGCGCAGAUGAGCCUCUUGUCACAACUAUCGAUAAUACACGUGUAGACAUGCGUAUGAUCCGGCUAUGGGAACAACAACAACUAGCAAUAUCACAAUUCGCCCUUGUAAAAAAUGAUUAUGCAACUAAUUCUGGGCAUGCCCUUACAGACAGUGACCUUUGUUCAUUAACAUGUAAUCUGUGCGGUGUAUUACUCCCAAAAACUCUCCACACCACCAAUCGAGAUAACAAGAUUUCAUCAAAUCUCGUACUCACAGAAACAACCUCCCGUAAUUUGCACGCCAUUAGUUUGGCUCUCUCUAUCGGUGCACCAACCUUAUUGGAAGGUGUUACCGGAGCAGGAAAAACAGCAUUGGUAGAAGAGCUUGCAAGCCGAACCGGUCGUAAUGACCAACUUGUAAAAAUUCAUUUGGGUGAUCAAACAGACCCAAAGGUAUUGUUGGGCACAUAUGUCUCUACAUCUACCCCAGGAUCCUUCCGCUGGCAAGAAGGUGUCCUGACUACAGCUGUACAAGAAGGCCGAUGGGUACUUAUCGAAGAUAUCGAUCUCGCUCCUGCAGAAGUUCUCUCAGUCCUCUUACCCUUACUCGAAACCCGCCACCUCUUUAUCCCUUCCAGAGGUGAAAAGAUCAAGGCCAAAGAAGGCUUCCAGUUAUUUGGUACACGUUCAUUUGUACCCUCCCGCUCAGGUCGUGUCAGCUCCAGAGGCGGCGAUCUUGUCACGGGUGCAAACUUGUGGACCAGAGUGCAUGUUGAUCCUCUAUCAAUGGAAGAAUUAGAGGCCGUAGUUCGCCAAAAGUUCCCUGUUAUAGGAAAUUUUUCCGUACAUGUGUUGACCUUGUUCAAGACCGUAGUUGGGAUAUACCAAGACCCCCACUUUGCGGCUCUGGCUUCAUCUACAAUGGGCAGAUUUAUCUCAACUCGUGAUCUGAUGAAGUGGUGUUGCCGUAUCGAGACACUGAUGGGAAAUCGUCUUCAUAACACAACCAUCGCAGAUGCCGGUUUGGAUGAACAGGUCCGCCAGGAUCUAUUCAGUGAAGCUAUCGAUUGCUUCUGCGGUAUGAUUCCUGACUACAACACUUGGAUCUUGGUCUUGGAGAAGGUCGGUGUUCCUCUCCAGAUUUCUGAACCAAUGGUACGUCACUACGUCGACCAAUACAAGCCUGCAUUUGAGGUUACCGAAUCAACAGUACGUGUCGGUCGUGUCAACCUUUCAUCAAUUGCUGCCUCUGGAAAACAGAAGCAGAAGCAAGGAAUGGUCAAGCGAGAGCGCCAGAGACCCUUUGCCGUCACUGGACACGCACUGCGCCUCUUAGAACGUCUUGCGGUCUGUGUUCACUUGACAGAACCUGUUCUGCUGGUCGGUGAAACCGGUACCGGAAAAACAACCGUCGUCCAACAUUUGGCAGACAUGAUGCACCAAAACCUGAUUGUGGUUAACUUGUCACAACAAUCAGAUAGUUCAGAUCUUCUUGGUGGAUUCAAACCAGUAGACGGAAAAGUAUUGGCCAUUCCUUUACGCGAAGAGUUUGAGAGACUUUUCGAAAAGACCUUUUCGGUUAAAAAGAAUGCAAAGUUUAUGGAGAUGGUUCGCAAGACAUUCGUACACCAAAAGUGGACAAACUUUGUUACCCUUCUUCAACAGGCUGUGAAGAUGUCUCAGCAGAAAUUCGAAAAAGAACAGGAUGAGAAUGCAAAGAGAACAAGCCCAGAACUUCGUAGCGCAUGGAAGACAUUUGAAAACCAUUUGGUAGAGUUCCAGGUACAGCAAGUCCAGUCAGCCAACAAAUUUGUCUUUCAUUUCUUGGAGGGUUCGCUUGUCAAGGCUGUUCGACAGGGAGAUUGGAUCCUGCUUGAUGAAAUCAAUUUGGCCACUACAGAAACUCUCGAGUGUCUUUCUGGUCUUCUUCAGGAUGCACACGGAUCCCUGUUGCUUACCGAAAAGGGUGAUGUUGAGCCUAUCCGUCGCCACCCUAACUUUAGACUUUUCGCUUGCAUGAAUCCUGCAACCGAUGUCGGCAAGCGCGAUCUUCCUCCCGGUCUGCGCAAUCGAUUCACCGAGUUCUAUGUUCACCCCCCGGAUUCACGUUACGAGGAUCUUCUCCAGAUCGUCCGCCGUUACUUGGUCGGAAUCUCGACCGGAAACGAGAGCGCCUGCGACGACGUGGCCGAGUUUUACAUGGAAGCCAAGAAACUGUCCAGUGAACACAAACUGACUGAUGGUGCAAAUCAGCGCCCUCACUUUAGUAUGCGUACCCUGGCCCGUGCUCUUACCUAUGUUGUCCAGAUUUUCCCCACCUAUGGCUUGCGUCGCUCUCUUUAUGAAGGUUUUUCCAUGACAUUCCUGACACAACUGAGCAAAGAAAGUGAAGUCCUGAUGCGUGAUCUGAUCCACAAGACCAUCUUGCGUUCUGUCAAGAACCCUGCUCAUCUUAUUUCCCAAAUUCCUCGCCAGCCCGAUGGACAAUUUAUCCAAUUUGGAUACUUUUGGCUGGAGCAAGGCCAGUUUGAGCCUCAAACCGAUGACCAGUAUAUCAUGACACCAUCAGUCGAAACCAAACUCCAUAACCUGGCCCGUGUCAUUAUGUCCCGAAAAUUCCCUGUCCUUAUCCAGGGUCCCACGUCGGCUGGUAAGACCAGUAUGAUUGAAUUCAUGGCCAAGAAAACAGGCCACAGAUUUGUGCGUAUCAACAACCACGAACACACCGAUCUUCAAGAAUAUCUUGGUACAUAUGUGUCCAACUCUGAUGGUCAGCUUGUCUUCCAAGAAGGUGUCUUGGUAGAAGCCUUGAGAAACGGUUAUUGGAUUGUACUGGAUGAACUUAACUUGGCUCCAUCCGAUGUACUUGAAGCGCUUAACAGACUAUUGGAUGACAACAGAGAAUUGCUGAUUCCCGAGACACAGGAAGUGGUCAAGCCUCAUCCUCACUUUAUGUUAUUUGCUACCCAGAAUCCGGCUGGUCUCUAUGGUGGCAGAAAAGCCUUGUCCAGAGCAUUCCGUAACAGAUUCUUGGAAUUGCAUUUCGACGAUAUCCCAGAAGAAGAACUAGAGACCAUUCUGUCCAGAAGAUGCCGCAUUGCACCAUCUUACUGUAAAAAGUUGGUACAGGUUUACAAGGCAUUGAUGGAAAGACGUCAGAGCACCCGUAUCUUUGAACAGAAGCACGGCUUCAUCACCCUUCGUGAUCUUUUCCGUUGGGCUGGACGUGAUCCUACCGGUUACCAAGAAUUGGCCGAGCAUGGAUACAUGCUGUUGGCCGAAAGAUGCCGCAAAGAUGAAGAAAAGAGAGUAGUAAAACAAGUACUCGAAUCUGUCAUGCGUGUUAAAAUUGAAGAAGAAGCCAUGUAUGGAUUCGAAACCCUCGAAGAAUUUGCAAUCUUUGACAAGAUCCUAAAAGAGAAAGGUGGUAAGGGCGAUGAAGGAAAGUUAGUGUGGACCAAGGCCAUGCGUCGUCUUUUUAGUCUGGUUGCCAGAUGUCUUCGUUUCAAGGAACCCGUUUUGCUGGUCGGUGAGACCGGUUGUGGAAAAACAACUGUUUGUCAAAUGCUAGCAGAAACAUUCAACCGUGAGCUCCACAUUGUCAACUGUCACCAGAACACAGAAACCGGUGAUUUAUUGGGUGGUCAGCGUCCAGUACGCCACCACACUGAGUCGGAUACCCAACAGAAGCCACUCUUUGAGUGGCACGAUGGUCCUCUUGUGCAAUCCAUGAAAUCUGGACAUUUGUUCUUGCUCGACGAAAUCUCUUUGGCCGACGAUUCUGUAUUGGAGAGACUCAAUUCGGUUCUUGAACCUAGUCGCUUGCUAGUACUUGCAGAAAAGGGAGGAAAACAUGUAGAGGAACUUUACGGCAGCGAAGGUUUCCAAUUCUUGGCAACCAUGAACCCUGGAGGAGAUUACGGUAAAAAGGAACUGUCACCUGCUCUACGAAACAGAUUCACUGAAAUCUGGGUGCCUGCCGUGAGCGACAGAGACGACCUUGUCAGUAUCAUCGAAGAACAGAUGACUCGCCCUGGAUUAGAAGGCUACAGCCACCGUAUGCUUGACUUUGUUGACUGGUUUGCCCUUGCAUUGGGACAAAGCCGCGUUGUCGUGAGUUUGAGAGACAUUCUGUCGUGGGUCAAAUUUAUCAAUACUGCAGUUGACCAAGGGAUUGCCCCAGAUUUGAGCUACAUCCAUGGUGGGUGCCUUGUUCUCUUGGAUGGUCUCGGAUCCCAUGGUUCUUCAGGCUCCUUCCUUUCGGGUGCACCACUCAAGGAGUUCAGACUAAAGUGUCUCCGCCAACUAUCGAAUGAGCCCGAGGCAUCUGAAAAGGAGAUUCUCGGAGAAGCAAAGAGUAGCGUAAAGAUGUCCGAUGAACAGUUUGCAAUUGGUGCUUUCCAUAUUCCUCGCGGUCAAUUAGCCAAGGCAGACAUAAAGUUUACCUUGUUGGCACCAACCACAGCUGACAAUGCCAUGCGCGUUGUUCGUGCCAUGCAAGUCAACAAACCAAUAUUGCUCGAAGGUAGUCCUGGUGUAGGAAAGACCAGCUUGGUCUCUGCUUUGGCAGCUGCCUCUGGUCAUCGUCUGGUCCGUAUCAACUUGUCCGAACAAACCGAUCUUAUGGACCUGUUUGGUUCUGAUUUGCCUGUAGAGGGUGGAUCCAGUGGUGAAUUUGCCUGGAGAGAUGCUCCUUUCUUGCAAGCCAUGAAAGACGGCGACUGGGUCUUAUUGGACGAGUUGAAUUUGGCUUCUCAGUCGGUUCUCGAAGGUCUCAACUCAUGCCUAGAUCAUCGUGGUGCUGUUUAUAUUCCUGAACUUGAUCGAGAGUUCUUCUGCGCCAAAGAGUUCCGCGUGUUUGGUGCCCAAAACCCACUUCAGCAAGGCGGUGGUCGCAAGGGUCUUCCAAAGUCUUUUAUCAACCGUUUCACUCAGGUCUAUGUUGAACAUUUGAGUGCCGAUGAUCUCUUGUUCAUUUGCGCCCAUUUGUUCCCUCAAUUCAAGCUGGAGAUCAUGAAACUUAUGAUCAAAUUUAACGCUCGAAUGUACGAAGAGACCAUGGUACGUUGCAGCUUUGGACGCAAGGGAAGUCCAUGGGAGUUCAACUUGCGUGAUGUAUUCCGUUGGUUGGAGUUGAUGCAAAAGGACAAUGUUCAUAACCCCGCAGAGUUCCUCGACAUUAUCUAUAUGCAACGUAUGCGCACUCACGAGGAUCGUGUAAAGAUCGCAAAACUGUUUGAAGAAGUCUUUGGUGUGCCUUACAACCGUCCUCAGUACCCUGAAUACCAUGUUACACCUCACCAGUUGGUCGUUGGUCACUCACGUCUGCUCAGAAAGAAUGGUGAUCACGAAAGUGAUAUGCUCGAGCGUGAAGAUCAUCUCCUCCAGUCAUUCUUACCAUCCCUUGAGUCUUUAAUCAAGUGUGUUGAAUCCAACUGGAUGGCAAUCCUCACAGGUCCGUCUGCAUCCGGAAAGACUUCUCUUGUUCGUCUGUUGAGUAAAAUGACAGGAAACCGUCUCGAAGAAUUCGCAAUGAACAACAGUGUGGACACUAUGGAACUUCUUGGUGGUUUCGAGCAGGUUGAUUUGAACCGUCAUCGCCAGGUCGUUAUGGAUACAUUACGCCAGUUGACUAGUCGCGCAUCAAAGGCUUUGCUGAUGUACCUUGCCCAACAAGAAAACCACCCCAAACAGUGUGCUAUAAUCUUGGAACAAAUCCGCCAACUGAACGAUGCCUGGUUUGCAUUGGAGAGCAGACAACAAUUCAAGCGCUUGUCCGAUCAACCCGAUUCUCAUGGCCUUGAUUAUACAUUGAUUUCCCGUGUACUCGCAUGCCUUGAUGGAACUGCCGGUCUUGAUGAAGAAGCCCACACAAUGAUGACCACUGCCGUUAUGUCAAUUAAGAAUCUCCAGCGUCUCGAGAAGGAAUCUGUUGCUGGAAAGUUUGAGUGGAUCGAUGGUCUGCUGAUUCAUGCUCUUGAACAAGGUCACUGGCUUUUGAUUGACAAUGCCAACUUGUGUAACCCAUCGGUUCUUGAUCGUCUCAACCCUCUGUUUGAAAACGAUGGUGUGUUGAUGGUGAACGAGCGCGGUCUUGUGGACGGCACGGUAAAGAUCAUAAAACCCCAUCCAAACUUCCGCAUGUUUAUGACAGUUGACCCUCAAAAUGGCGAACUUUCGCGUGCAAUGCGUAACCGUGGUAUCGAGAUUUCUCUGGAUGUAACAAAGGUAGCCAACGCCCUUGGGCUUCGUGGUCCAAACCUUCCCUUGAUCCUAUAUGACCUCCAGGAGGAAGUUGCAGCGAAGCGCAAACAUUUUGGAAAGCGUAAGAACGUACGUGAAUACUUGCUCUUUACGACUUAUGCAGUUGAGCGUCUCCAGCGCGGUCAAUCGGUGGUUUCUGCUAUUCACGAAGCCUUUAGACAGGUGUUUGUGGAUGUCACUGAACUCCCUGAGUCGCUUGUAAAGUUGUUGGCCGAUGGAACCCCAGAAGCCGUUUUGGAGAACAUGGUAUCACCCACCAACUCCCCUUAUUUCAUCGGUGGGACAAUGUUCCAAGAGGAUUCCGUAUUGGCAACAGUCAGUAUCCAGGGCGCAUACCUUUUGUCAUUACUUCAACAACCUCCAAGUGAAGAUGAAGCAGCCGAUAUGCGCCGCAUUGAAGUCGCCAUCGACUACUUUGUCGAAUCAUUAACACCCGAGGACUAUGGUCUUCGCUUGAGAUGGCUCGCAUUUAUGGUCCAGCAUGGAUCUGUUAUCAGACCAGCUGUAUUGGAACGUCUUGGUUAUUUAAUCAAAACAUCAUACUCUCACCCCGUAUUUGGCGAGUACAGAAAACUUCAGUUGGUAUAUGAAAAAGAAAGAGAAGUCUCUCUGGAUACCCAGCCAUCAUUGGUAUGUAUUAAAACAACAAAGUUAGUAAAAAUAAUAAUCCUAACUUAA